AUCUGAUGAAUCAUGAUAAAUUACCUACUUUUGCCAGCUAUAAAAAACUGGUCACAUUCUUUUCAGUCAUAAAAUCUCAUGUUUGCUUCCUGGGGUUUGCUGUAAUCCCUCAUACUCAUUAACUUACUGCACUUUGAGUAACUGCCCCUGCUGUUUUAGUCAGUGUUAAGUGCCAAGAAUAUUUUUCUUUGUUUCUGUUCUUUAAGGUAAUGAUUAAUCAGAUAUCUGGAAGUGAAGUUUUGACUGAAGUGUAGAUUUCAGCUUUAAUUCAAACAAUUUAAGUCUUUAUCCUUCCGUCCAUUAAUUCUCUUCUGCUUUUCCAAUUCAGGGUUGCAGGGGUCACCAGCCUGUUGCAGGGCUAACACAUACAGACAGACAGCCAUUAACAAUUUAGAAUCACCAAUUAACUUAAUUCCACUACGUCCGUAUCUUUGGACUGUGGGAGGAAGCAUGAGUAUAUGGAGAGAACCCAUGUAGCCACCAGCCAGAUCAUGGAUUCAAAUCCAGGGCUUUCUUGCUGUGAGGCAACAGUUAAAUUAAGGCCACCAUGCCAUCCUGAAUUUAACUAAAUAUAAUGAAAUAAUAAAUUAAUUGUUUUGAUGUGUGUAUGGGCUCAUUGUCAUAUUGGAACAUCCACUUGCGUCCAAUUUUUAACCAUCUAGCUGUUGAUUAGAGAUAAUGUUUAAGAAUUUGGAGGUAGUCCUCCUUCUUCCUCGUUCCAUCCACUUUGUGCAGUGUACCAGUACCACUGGCAACAACAGCCUCAGAGCAUGAUGUUACCUGUUUGCUGCCAUCAAUGUGCUUGACAACUGUUACAGUGUUCUUAAGUUUGAAAGUCCCACAUUUACAGGGAGCAGCUGGAGAGGCUUUCAGAUCCAUGUCUGAAGAUCAUCGCCAGCGGUUCCGUAGAGACUAAAUUGUAAAAAUUGUUUUUUUCUCCAAAUAUUUGUUGCCUUUGCUAGGCAUUAAUUUUCCUACACAUCCAUAAUGAUUCCAGAAAAUCACUUCCUUAAUUCAGUCUAAGCAGUAAGAUACAAGGAAACUAGCCAUGCACAAGACUCAUUAAAGGUUUGCUGGGAAAUUCCACUACUUUGGGAAAACACUUCCGGCAAUUGGGUGCUGACACACAAGGUGAAGUAUGUCCAUAUAUAAACAGCACUGAACACCACUGCUUCAGGCAUUUCUCAACUCAAAGAAGCUUAACAUUUACCUUGCCGCUGCUGCUGGAUCUUUCAGUAAGUCAUACUUGAGCGCUGUCUAUCUCUUUCUUCUGCAUUUUAUAACUCUAGUCUGGUUAAUGGUUUGACCCUGUUUGCCUGGGUUCUAUGUAAAAUUCUUGCACAAUCCUCCAGUAAGCACAGUAAGCAUAUAUGUAUUUACAAAAAAGUGCAAUCAUGUGUGAGCAUUGACAUGGAAAAUCUGCUUCUCAUGUUUAUCCAGUUGUUAGCUGAAGACUCUGAAGACACCAUGAAGACUCUACUUAUCAUCUCUGGCAUCAUCUGUGCUCUUCUGUCUAUCAGGGCUGCAACAAUACCUCCAGCUAUGGCUGCUGCAGGACACCAAGACAGACAUGCACCAAAAUCAGAGGAGAAUAGUGACACUGCUGUUGCUCCUGGCAGUGCAGCUCUUCAACCCCAAGCUCGUUUUGGUUUCUGCCCCAAUGGUUGGCUUAGUUAUGGCGCUAGCUGCUACUACUUAUCCAAUAUUCCUGAGACCUGGGGAAAUGCUGAGAGGUUCUGUGCUGAUUUUCAGAGCAGUCUGGCCUCUGUCCACAGUAUCUGGGAGCAUAAUUUCCUCCAACGUAUGGUCCAGACUGGUGGUCACUCCUUUGCCUGGCUUGGAGGUUACUACUUUGAGCGCGAUUGGCGAUGGGAAGAUGGCUCAUUGUUUGACUUCCACAAUGGCGAACUCAUAAGCAAUACUGCUAGAUACCAAUGCCUGCAGCUUAACACUCAAGCAUCUUCAGGCUGGUCCAAUCAUGGGUGCAACAUGCUCUUCCCAUUUGUAUGUCAGCGGAGGUUAAGCUGUUAGUUGCUGCAGUGUAAGCAAAGUCACUGCAGACACUAAACCUGCCUGUUGUAUGCCAUAGGAAAUGUCACUGUCAUGAGCAAAUAUGCUGAAACCAAAUCAUGCAGAUGCAAUGGACAUGUAAAACAAAUGAUAACAGUGUACUCAGUUCUUUAUAUUUUUUUCACUUUAAAGAUCUGGAAUGUCACUUGUUCAUGUGAUUGUGUUUGAAUGUGUCUGAGUGUAAGGAAUGGUGUCUACUCGAUAUAAGUGGUAAGAUAUCAAAAGUUGUGGCACUUAUAAUAAAGCUGAAGGCAGUUUUGUAUGUUGUCCUAGGCAAACCUACCUUGGUCUCAAGUGCAAGAAAUCAAGUUAAAAAACAAGUAUCAGACACCUCGGACAUGUACAUACAAGUUUAUAUAGUCAGGAUUAUUGUUCUUAAUAUACUCAAUAUCACUGUCAAAGAACUUAUUAUAAAUUCAGUUCCACUAGAUAUCUUAAUAAGUAACAUAUUCAUAUUCAAAUAAAUGGUUAAUUUCAGGAUGUUCCUGUACUAUUAGAAAUUACUACUAACUCUAAUUUUUCAAUGCAUAUAUGAAUAUGGACUAGAGAACCUUAUGUUUUCCAAAUGCUAAUUGUUCAUCUGCUGUAAGCUUGUUAUGGGCACCUGGACACAAACACAGAGCACAGAAGCAAGGGUGAUAUGCUGGACUGAACAUCAGUUGAGAGACAUUAAAAACAUGAAUUAUCAUAUAGUGUCCGGCAGCCUCGCCUCUGUCAGUGCGCCCCAGGGUGGCUGUGGCUACAAUGUAGCUUGCUAUCACCAGUGUGUGAAUGUGUGUGUGAAUGGGUGGAUGACUGGAUAUGUAAAGCGCUUUGGGGUCCUUAGGGACUAGUAAAGCGCUCUAUAAAUACAGGCCAUUUACCAUACUCCUGGGAAACUUAAGGCAGACCGAGACAGGGUUAUCUCCGACUCACCAUAGUUCACUACGGUGUCAGGGUUUUCCAUCAGGUCAUAGUACCUGGUACCAGGUACUAAAAUAGUACCUGUUCAACCGGAGUUCCAAGCGAUCCGAGCAGGUACUAAAUUUGAUGCCGUCAAACUGCUUGCCACCGACUGGCUGGUAAGUAGCAUCACUCGAUGAGUCAUGAGAGUGUUUUGUCCCCGAGUCUGACAAAAUUCUACAAACUGAGCAGCAGGUAUAUCCUUGCCUCGAAGUCCACCUUUGUUGUAGUGUUCAUGUUGCAUAUUAAUUACGGCGUGGGACGCUCGGACACAUUGCUUUGACAACAACCACGCACAUUAGGAGGUACCCAAUUGUAGUGGAAAACCAGAAAUCCAAGUUGAAUCGUGGUGAGCUGUGGUGAGUCAAUCUGAGUAGGUACUAAUGGAAAAGGAGACUAUAAUUCAUUUGAUAAAGGGAUAAUUUUGGAGGAAAUUCAAACAUUGGACCUAGACCUACCCUGGAGUCUAGUCAAGAACUGGCCUCCCGUGACAAUAUACCAGCCACUUAUUCUGUUCCAUCGUCCAGAGCAAAGCUGUUUUGGUGGCCUUCCACAGGCGGCAACAGCGACAAAGACGGUGCUGGACUGACAAGACAGACAGUUUAGUCUCUUUACUCAAGAAGACUGGCAGUUGGUACCCCUGGAAGAAAUGGGGGCAACCCAGUGGCAGUGGAGGUCAAAUAGUUGUGGGCAUAAUCGAGGCAGGCCAAGUAUGAAAUCCAUAUUGGACCAAUCAAUGCCUGGUUCUCAAUCUCUGUCUGCACACUAAACUGUAGGUGGAAGCCAGAAGGAAGGCUAACCUUGGUUCCAAUGGCUGUGCAGAGCUUUUUCCAGACUCAAGAGAUGAACUACAGGCAUGCCCUGUAACCUGAAGUCACAUGGCAUCACCAAGCAAAAUGGCUGCACACCAAACAUUAUCCAAAUAACUGUAAUUCAUUUGUGUAACAUCAAACUUUGAAUAUCUUCACAAUGGAUUACAACCCUUUAUAAUCAACCUGUCUACUAAUCUGUCAGAAAUAGACUACGACUUCAUUUUCGAAAUAUUUCAAAAAAUUUACCUGGGUAUCAAGAUGAGCCCAGACCUAAACAAAAUGCCCACAUCGAUCUUUGAUCCACUGCUGAAAGCAAUACGAACAUAGGGAAGUGAGGGAAGUUAAAUCUGACCAGUGGCAAAGUAAGUGUUAUCAAAAUAUUGAUAGCCCUAAAGAUUAACUAUGUAUUCAUUACACAGCAUACCUGAUUGUAUACUAAAACAAUGUCAUAAUCUCAUUAAAGAAUUUCUUUGGGCAGGGAGGAAGCCCAAAAUGGGCCACCACAGAAAAAAUUCUUGUCACACCUUUUCACGCUAUACAGAUGUCAUCCCAACAAUCCUGUGGUAAAGAGAGAGACAAAAACCCAAUUACUGAGCACUCUGUUAUGGAAAUUUUAACAAUAACCUGCAACACACCCAGUGAGCUUGAUUUGAAGUGAGUUUAAUAAACACAUUGCAAUGUGGAGAGAGCAUCCCAAUGAAACACUAGGAUCAUCUCUGAAUUGUGGCUACCGCCCUUACAUCUUAUAUACAGAGACACAGACAAAGAACAUUCCAUGAACUCUUACAUGUUGGCCCCUCUCACGGGGGGGCUAUACACCCUCCCUCACAGAGAGAAUUAUGACCUUGUUUUUUGCUUGCCCAUCACAUAAGGAUUUACAUCCCUGAUAAGUAGGAGUCUCACUAUCUGUUUAACGUCUCCCAUUACAAUGGCCUCACUGUGUUGACAUUCCACAUGCAUGCAAACUAGUGAAAGGAGGGCUCUUACUAUAGUAAAGUGAGAAAGUGAUAUUACUAUAACUAAUGUGAUAUGAUUAAAUAUGUGAUUAAUACAUGAGAAAAGAAAUCUGCCUCCACAACUCUCAUGAGGUUUAUGCAGAGGCUACAAAAUACACAAACUCUCCCAUUACAAACAGCAAUGCAACAAUCCUUCACUUUGGUGUGUUCCGUCUGAUCCAAAGCCAUUCAUUCCGUUAAAUCCCUCUAAGUGGCAAUAUGAGUAAGUUCCUUGUUUGUGUUUAUUUGUCAGACAGGAGAUAUAUUAUUGAAGGGAUCUGUAAAUGUUUGAUGUAUUUUAUAUGUCCACGUAAGUCUAAUCCAAACUAAUGUUUAUGUGACAUUUCUGUAUUUUGUAUAAUUUCAGUUUCACACUUUUUUGCAUUAAAUCCUGUCCAAAUUCAA